GGCUGGAGCCGGAGUGAGCCGAGCCGAGCCCCCCGGCCCUGUGCCGAGAGGAGUCCCCGGCUCUUCCCGCGGGCCCCGCCCGCCGAGGCGCAGCCGGGGCCGGGGCCGGGCUUCCCCGCGCGUCGCUGCCCCGGGCCCGGCCCUCCGGAGAGGGGGAGGAGGCGGAGGGGCCGAGUCGGGGGCCCUUUCCUUCUUCUUGGCCCUGCCGUGCCCCUCGCCCUUCCCGUGCCGUACCGCCGCCCCUGCCCGGCCUCGGUGCCCCGUGCCGUCCUGGCCGCGCUCGGUGCCGGCGGGGAGCCGCGCUGUGCCGCCCCGCGACGCAAACCGCACGAGUGAAGGAAUUCCGUGAGCGCGCUCGCUCGGCUCGACGGCUGCUCCGUCAUUUCACGGCGGACUCAUUGCACGGCAGAUACACGAUUGAACUUUUCCCCUCCGUCUCCCGGCCGAGAUCUUGAAGCCUGUACCAGGUCCUUGAGAGAGAAAACUACAUGACACUACACCAUGAGUGACAGUAAAUCCGAUAGUCAGUUUUACAGUGUUCAAGUUGCAGAUUCAACAUUCACUGUACUAAAACGUUACCAGCAAUUGAAGCCUAUAGGAUCAGGGGCACAGGGCAUUGUUUGUGCUGCGUUCGAUACGGUCCUUGGAAUAAACGUUGCUGUAAAGAAGUUGAGUCGUCCUUUUCAGAAUCAAACCCACGCAAAAAGAGCUUACAGAGAGCUGGUUCUUUUAAAAUGUGUCAAUCACAAAAAUAUAAUUAGUUUAUUAAAUGUAUUUACACCGCAGAAGUCACUAGAAGAAUUUCAGGAUGUAUAUUUGGUUAUGGAGCUGAUGGAUGCCAACUUGUGCCAAGUUAUUCAUAUGGAAUUGGAUCAUGAAAGGAUGUCUUAUCUCCUUUACCAGAUGCUAUGUGGUAUCAAACAUCUCCACUCAGCUGGUAUCAUCCACAGAGAUUUGAAACCCAGCAACAUAGUAGUAAAAUCAGAUUGUACACUCAAAAUCCUUGAUUUUGGACUGGCAAGAACAGCGUGUACUAAUUUUAUGAUGACUCCAUAUGUAGUAACACGAUAUUACAGAGCGCCAGAGGUUAUCCUUGGAAUGGGAUAUAAAGAGAAUGUUGAUAUCUGGUCAGUUGGUUGCAUCAUGGGAGAAUUGGUGAAAGGUUGUGUGAUAUUCCAAGGCACUGAUCAUAUUGAUCAAUGGAAUAAAGUAAUUGAACAACUAGGAACGCCUUCAGCAGAAUUCAUGAAGAAACUACAGCCUACAGUGAGGAAUUAUGUAGAAAACAGGCCAAAAUAUCCAGGUAUUAAAUUUGAAGAGCUCUUUCCAGACUGGAUAUUUCCAUCAGAAUCAGACCGUGACAAGUUAAAAACCAGUCAAGCUAGAGAUUUAUUAUCAAAAAUGCUUGUAGUAGAUCCAGACAAGAGAAUUUCCGUAGAUGAGGCCUUACGUCAUCCCUAUAUUACUGUCUGGUAUGAUCCAGCUGAAGCAGAAGCUCCUCCACCUCAAAUUUAUGAUGCACAGCUGGAAGAGAGAGAACAUGCAAUUGAAGAAUGGAAAGAAUUAAUAUACAAAGAGGUAAUGGAUUGGGAAGAAAGAAGCAAGAAUGGUGUGGUAAAAGAUCAGCCCUCAGAUGCAGCAGUGAAUAGCAACACCAGUCCUUCCCAGUCAUCAUCUAUCAAUGACAUUUCAUCCAUGUCAACAGAGCAAACAUUGGCUUCAGAUACAGACAGCAGCCUCGAUGCCUUGACAGGACCCCUCGAAGGAUGCCGAUGAUCAGCCGGGAUUGCAGACUUAUCUUUGGAAAAGAACUCUUGCUUCCAUUGGGCCUGAAUUGCUUGUAAGUUAAUGGAACAAAGUAGAAAAACUCCAUGUUCUGCAUGUUCUGCUAAAGUAAUGCCUGUUUUUAUGUUUACUCAGUUGUUAUGAAACUGCCUGCUUAAUGUUGUAGAAUGAAAGCAAAUCAAUGUCGAAGGAGCAAAAAAAAAAAAAAAGAAAAAAAAAAAGUUUAGACACUAUUACAGGCUUUUCUUUGUUUCAGCCUAUUUCAGGUGAGCAGUUAUAAUAGGCUUCUAGCCAAUAACUUCUCUUGAGUGAGUUCAUGCAUCUUCAGUCCUAACUGGCAGGCUUUGUGACAUCAAUGGUUGUUUACAUUUUAGUACAGUAUUGCUCACUUGUAGGUUUUUUGAAUGUACAGUGUCUAUGAAGUUUGUUUUAAUGUGUGACUAUGGCAGCGUGCAUUAUUUAACGACUGGAGUGUUGUGUGUAAGUGUUAACUCGCAUGUUGAACACUCUCAGUACUGUGUUUAAGGGCAGUUACUUUUCCAUAUAGCACUUUUUUGAGCCCUUUCUAUCUUUGCUUCCCAACGGUUCUAUCUUCUUGUAGAAGAGAAAAACAUAGUGUUCAAAGAGUAUAGCCAUACCUUCAUAUUUCAUCAACAAAUAUAUCUGACUCUUUUCUAGUUAUUUAAACGUGGAUGGAAGAUACAGUGGCUUAGUUCAAUUUUAAGGAAGGAUGGGUGACAUUUGUGAGGCUGUGCCUGUUUAAAGGAGGGCAGAGUGCUAAAUUGUUUUGUAUUUUUUUAGCUCGUGAUACUGAUCCUUUAACUGAAACAGAAAAGGAAAUUACAUAUGUGAUGCUCUUCAUUCAGUAACAGGUGAAUUGGAGAGACUUGCAGUCUAAGUGGCCUGAAAAAGAGCUGCAUAAAUGUUUUCCAUUUUUUUAAAUGGGUCCAUUCUAUCUAGUGAGUAAUUAAAAAAAUAAAGAUAUAGUAGCUUUGAGUCAUUUGUCAAUUAAUUAUUUACUGAACAGAACUUAGCUGUAGUUCCAAAUUGAGAAAUCCUCUCUAUUUUUACUGGGAGAGGAAAUCAUAAUGUAUUGAAUAUGUACAUUUUCUAAAUACAGUGUCAGAGGAGAGGAGAUUAUUUCUGUUUCGACACACACUUCUCAAUGCAGUUUUCAGGACUGUAUAACACAGGCACCAUUCUUAGAAAAUGUCUGUGAUAGAGUAGGGCUUAAAUUACCAGGUACUGCACACCUGAAUGUGUGCACAUCCCUUCAGAGCAGUUGUGUGAAGUUCUGCUAAAGGAUCUCGUGUGUGUAUGAGUGUUUGAGAUAAACUGUAUGACUGUGACAGUAACAGAGAUGUGCAAGACAAGGUAAAACACCACUUUCUUAAAGGCACUGUAUUCAGCUGAUGAUCCAGCUACUGCUGACCUGAAUAUAUACAGAGAACUUACAAAUGUGCUGGCAUAGCUAGCUGCUGCAUUAUGGAGAUGUUUAGUACACUCUUGUAGAAGAGAACUGAGAACUGACCCUUGUUUCUGACCUUAGGAUUUGAAAGCAGCAGUUUUUUCUAAUGCAAACAUUGCUUUCAUGUUACAAAUUGUACCUGUAUGGUUAUAAACAGCUUAAUUUGGUGUAGCAAAAAUACUGAGUUUGGCUGUCCCAGAAACUAAAAUGCAAUGCAGUGCUGUUAUGUUAACUUCAGAAUGUUCAUCUGGAAUCAUGAUUUUUUUUCUAAAGAAAUCUGAGUUGUAGGACAUUGAGGGCUUGGGUUUUUAGCUGUUUGGUUUAAAACCAGUUUAUUUGGAUAUUGAUGAUAUAUAUGGAAUGUUUUUAGUGCAUUUUUGUCACUGACAAAAAAAAUAUAUAUAUAAAAUAGCUACUACUGUACAGCAAUACAGUACAGGUUGCUGUUCUUUUGUAUUUUUUUAAUCACUGUUAUAUGUGUAAAUUAAAAUUAUUAAAGACACCUAUUCAAAAUUACUAUUAGUGAUUUCAGACUAGCUGUGGUUUUGUUCCCUUCCUCUUCAGCCCAUCAAAAGCUGCAACCACUAUGGAAUAAGACUAAAAACAAGCAAAAAAACCCCAAAAUAACAGAGAAGCUAAUAGUUGAAUUUCAGAAGUUAGCUAUGCUUUACUGAUUGUUCCUAGCAAUGUUUGCAGAAGUGACCAGUGGCAUAAUGGUGUUAAGCCAGUAGUUCUUUAUAAAGGGAUGGCUUUCCUGACAAUACAAGCUUAGCAUUCUCUUCAAAAACAGCAUCCUGUGAACAAUCUCAUACUGGUCAUCUGUAGUCUCUGCCUUCCUUUUUUAGAAGGCUGUCUGAAGUCUUUGAGGAGUGGUAGAAUGCAGCAUUUUAUACAUUUCAUGUUACACUUGAUGAAAAAGCUUUUUUGUUUAUAUGAACAUGAGGGACAAAGAUCUCCAGCAGUUUAUUAAUCUCCUGCUCUAACAACUGCAGAGCAAAUCUGUCCCAUUUACCUGCCUCCUAACUGACUAUGUCUCUUCCUGUUUUACACCAGAGCCCUCUGUAAAGUCACCACCGUGCAUUUUGAUAUUCUUGAUUCACUAUGGCAGUAAUCUUCUGGAGUUUAUUAUUCAAGAUUUAUCUUUAUCAUUUUCAACUGAAGUUGCACUGUAAUACAUUCAUCAUUUUAACCUUUACUGUUUCAGAAGGUUUAAUGCUGCAAAGAUUUUUCGUGUCAUUUAGAUACCAGAUGGCCUCCAGGUCUCUUCCAACCCAAAUUACUCUGUGAUUCAAGUGGUUUUCUUAUGUUGUUUUUUGGUUUUGAACACAGAACAGCCCUAUCUGCAUGAUGUGAACUGAUACCUGACCUUCUCCUGGUAUAUACUGUUAUCUCACAUGUUUUGAGCAAAAAAAGCCCUGAGAUUGAGCUUCUUUGUGAAUCUUCCUGUAAGAAAAGCUGUUCCAUACCUCAUGUUCUUAAUGGCUUCUCGCUGUUGCACACUUUGAAGUUUCUAAAUUCUACCAAAACAUCCUUGCCUAUGGAGUAUGCAUGAGAUGAAAAGUAUGAUUGUGGAUUUCCACAAUAACUGAAAACAAACUGCUAAGAGCCCAAACAAACAUCCAGUUCUCAGAGAAAGCAGAUAAGCAGAUUAUAUUCAGCAAAGCACAUGCAGAAUAGAUGCAUGCUGAAGUUCCCAUGCUGUUCCAGUGUGCACAUAGAGACUGCACAUGCACUGCAUGCAGGCUUUACGUUGGUUGUAUUCCUGGCUGCAGGUUAAGUUUGGUGCAACAUCUGUGUAAUGGUUAUGGAUGCUGUGAGAUCCCAUCACUGUGGAAAGCAAAAUGCACAUGUAACUUCACAGGGGUUUGAAAGUAUAGAGAGUUUGGUGUGCAAUAUAAUCACUUUUAUUCCUAAUACUAAAAUCAUGUAUGUAAAGUGAUGCAAUUGACCAUUUUUUUGCACUUUGGCAUUUAUAAAUAUUUAUAUGUAUUUAAAGAUUAAGAAUGUGUGUAUACAUAUGCAUAUAUAUAAUAGAAACCUGCUCAGUUUUGUAAACACAAAUGUUACCUUUCUGUAUGAGUAUGGGAGGCUUUGUUUAGUGUUAACACUACUGCAGUGAACAUAAGCAAUUUAUGAAGUACAACUAAAAAUAAGUGAUGGUCAACAUAGAUGCAAUCUGUAAUCUUAACUGCUCACCUGAAGAGAAAAAAAAAAAAGGAAAAUCUAUGGCUAUUAAUCAGAUUCUUUACCAGAAACCUUGAAAGAUGUAUGAACACUGAGUAGCUGACUGGCAUUGCAGAAAUGGAGUAUGUUUUAAAGGUUUAUCUGCGCUCAUAUCGUUUUUCCUCAAAAAGAAAAAACCCCAAAAACCCUUAGAAGGAGAACCCUGGCGUUUUGAAAGCUGUAAGUACGCUUUGAGGAAAUGGUAUGGUGUGACAAAUUGUGUUUAUUUGAAUUGAAAAUGCCAAAAACACAAGAAGCAAAUGUUAAAAUGAGGGCUUUGUCUGCACAGAGCAUACACAACAAGCAAGUCCAACUAGAACCAGUGUUUGCAAACAGCUUUUGGGGCUUUGUGUUCUUUCCUGCAAGGCUUUGUGUCAUCAAAAUAAUGAAAACAAAACUCAACCUAAACUCAUAAUUAACUAAUUUGUUGGUAAGUUUCAAAACCUGUUCAGGACCAGAGGGCUUUUAUCUCUUUAAGUCCUAACAGAGUAUAUAUAUGUUUAUUCAAAAUUAAGGGGGAGGGGAAAAAAAAAAACGUAAUACCACAUUUUUUAUUUUUCUGACCUAAAGCAAGUACCUCAAUUGCUAAAUUGCAGUGCUGGAUUGGUUUCUGUUUGGCUUAAAAUUACCAUUUGACAAAUGAAGUAAGAUUUGGACGUUCAGAAUAAAAGUGAGCCGCUGAGCCUUCCAGCAGGGAGUGCUGCUUUGGGCAGCAGUGCAGUCCCCCCAGUCAGUGUGUGCUGGAAUUGAGCUGUUGAUGUGCAGACAAAUCUUUCCUGAGCACAGUGCUGGUUCUGAACACGGGCUUGGUUUUGUGUGGAGCGUUUCAUUUGAAAUGUGACUCUUGAAAUGGCAGUACUGGAGUGCAGGGGUAACUGCUGACCAGCCUUUGUCUGUGUGUUCUACGUAUGUCACCUGGAUUCUAUCAGGGCUUGAUGCUAAACUUAGUGAUGCUGUAUGCUGAGAGCCAAAUUCUUUCCUGGGAUGUGUGCUGUGUAAUUCCUGCUCAAAACUGGUUUUGCUCCGGGGAUAUGUGCACCCAGAUGCAGAAUUUGGACUGAAGUUCCUAUAGGUGAAUCCAAUAACUUUGCUUUGCCACUGCGUCUUCAAUUUUUUUUUU